UGAAAACUAGGUUAAACAACUGGUUUUCACAUGGUUUUGCAUUCGCCUGCUGUGAAACAUUGCGAAAAUGUUCGAGUGUCACAAUUUAAGGUUAUUUAUUGAUUAUUUUAAUUUUAAACAUGUUUUUUUAUUCAUAAUAAAUGCAAUUAUUUAGGUUUUUAAGUAUAAUUUGUGUUAAAAAAGGUAAAACAUUCAAAUCGGUGACUUAGUGGCGAAAAAACGAACUAAACUUAAGUAAGUUUAGUACAUGCGGUGCAUUUCAUAGGCUGACAAGUGACAAUCGCAAAAACAGCGCACUUUCCACACGUUCUCUGUUAUCAAAACAAAACACGCACGGACGUACACGGUGAGUACAGUGCGAUAAGCUGCGUGCAUUGUCGCGGUACCUUUCACUCGCGCUCUCGUCUCGGUAAUUUUUGAGUGGUUUCAUUUGUUAUCAAAACGCGAGGCGCUGAAUAGAGUUGUGUGCAUUCAACGAUCACUCGCUAGCAGGACGCGCGCUAACCCACAGACCUGCAGUAUUCGCGAUAACGCGCAUUGUUGAUCAGGUGCAAUCAGGUGCAUUUGAGUGCAAUUUUUUAAUUUCGGUGCGAACGCAGCGUGUCAUGAGCUGGCUACUGUGUGAUUAAACGCGGGCGCAAUGCUUAACGGCGGACCUGGAGAAUUCCGCAAGUAUCUUAAGAACAGUGACAGCCUUCGCAGGAUACUCGAGGAUACGCAAAAUGCUCUCAACGACAUCAGGUUUAAUCAAGUUAAAUGCCGUGAAAUUAAAGAUCAACUAUGCAGUCAAUCAAGGAUAAAUUCCCUCUGUGGUAUCCUGGACGCACCUCCGUCUAUCCUGGUCUUCGGCCAGAACUGCCAUGAUAAAGCGCUGCUUGUGAAUGCAAUCCUAGAUGAACCAAUCCUGCCGCACCAUGGCGCUCACUGGCGUUGGGUAAAAAUUGUUUUCGGUGCGGUAAAAUCUGUGCGAUUAACACUCGGCCAAGAGUAUGAAAUUGUCGAGAAGCUGGUCGCACACGAUUGCAAUUGGCAGUCCGUACCUGAACAUGAUCUUAAACGCCAUUUAACCGAAUCUCCAUUGGAUCAUUGUCCCACUGUUGAAGUGGAACUCUAUCAUCCGUUAUUGCGCGAGAGUGUUGCUAUUGUAGUGCCGCCCGAUUGCGAUGGAUGUGAAUUCGUCGAAAUCCUUGAUCGCAAUUUGGACCGCUUGAUGCCGGUGAUUCUCUAUGCCAUCAGCGGGGACCAGCUCAGUCAUGAGCACAUUAAUGAAAUACGCGCGAUCAAGGAUAAAUUCCCCGAUACUCCGUUGUUGUUUGUUUUUGUCAGCAAGGAGGAGACUUCAGUGAGUACAGAAUCUCUGACUGAAUCCGAGCAGCAUCUUUUUGAUAAGGAUGAGAUGCGCACGCAGAAGUUGAAUAAUAUUAGAAAUCAAUUAGUGAGAUUAGGAUUUUUGUCCGAGGUGAAUACACAGACCGAUGAGAUGAGGAAGCCGUUUUGCUCCGAGUGUUCCCUUGAAAACACACUUAUCAGCGACUCGAAUCUGAACGAAGCAUUCAUAUCAUUCGUACGUGACGUCCUUAAGUCCUAUUUGUUGAAAUUAUCUGCGAUAAUUAGUGAGAUUCAUAAUAAUUGCCUAAGAAUAUUCAUCCUUUCGGCGUUUGACAUGGCGCGCGAAAUCCAAAUCACUCCACGGCGUAUUCUCUAUGCGCAAACAAUAGAACUACAGCUUUAUGAUAAUUUAAUGCGUAUCGCCAGUGAGAAACAAGAGGAGAUUACGAAAAUAAUUCAAUUAACACUACAAACGAUGCGGAAUAACAUUGGAGAUGUUUUGGCAGGAUACAAGUAUAAUAAUGAAGAUGAUCCGCACUCAGUCAAAAUGGCGACGAUGGAAAUCCAUCAAAUUGUUUUGCGUCGAUUGAGUAAUUCUGUAGCGACACAACUUGUUCUUUCUGUUGGUUGUUUACAGGAGAGUUUCACGGGGACUUUACAGCGAUGUCUUGAAGCUUUGGAACAAAGCUGUCAUGAAAUCGAUGGUAAUCUAUUGGCGUCCGAUGCUGUCAAGCAAAUACUCUCUGCAGCUUAUAAUGUUGAUUUGACUUCGUCAACGAAAUUCACGGUUGUGCAUUCUUUCAUCGACAAGUUGAGGAAACUCGUGUCGAAUUUCCAAUUACCAUGGCGGAGUUGUGUCACGCCUGAUUUUGAUUUUCAGUGGCAAGCACACGUGGUCACUGAGCUUCUAGACACACUGAGUGCUUCGAAACUGGCGAAAACAAUAAGCGCACAGUUUCAGGAACACAUUCGGUCGUCACAUGAAGCAUUCAAGACGGCGAUUCACUUUUUGGAAAACAGACUGUCUGGAAAACUCGAACAAACUGAAGAACAACGAAUUUUGAUUAGGAAAAAACACGCGCCGCGUCUGGCGCGACUUGCUUUGGAGAGUACUUCGUUGUGUGAUAUGAUUCGUUAUGGUAUGCCUAAGCAGACCAAAGAAAUUGGGCGUGGGCAGUAUGGGGUUGUUUUUUCUAGUGAGGCAUGGGGAAAUGUUAAUCCAUGCGCUGUUAAAUCGGUCGUACCUCCAGACGAUCGUCAUUGGAAUGAUUUAGCUAUGGAGUUUUAUUAUACAAGAACAAUACCUGAACACUGUAGGAUAGUUAAACUGCGUGGUUCUGUGGUGGAUUAUAGUUAUGGCGGUGGUAGCUCACCAGCAGUCCUCUUGGUAAUGGAACGCAUGACACGAGAUUUAUACUGUGGGCUUAAAGUGGGCCUCAGCUGGGCGAAACGCAUACAAAUCGCUGUGGAUGUUGUCGAAGGCAUACGAUAUUUACAUUCCCAGGGUUUAGUCCACAGGGAUAUUAAACUAAAAAAUGUUUUAUUGGAUGAUUGCGAUAGAGCUAAACUCACAGACUUUGGCUUUUGCAUGCCGGAAGCAAUGAUUUCUGGAAGUAUAGUAGGCACACCCGUGCACAUGGCACCGGAACUCCUUUCUGGACGGUAUGAUUCCAGUGUGGAUGUCUAUGCCUUUGGUAUUUUAUUCUGGUACAUCUGCGCGGGGCAAGUCAAGCUCCCGCAUCAAUUCGAACAGUUUCAUAACAAAGAACAACUUUGGACAAGUGUGCGCAGAGGAACAAGACCGGAAUGUCUGUCGAACUUUACGCAGGCUUGCUGGAAUCUGAUGGAGCAAUGCUGGGCGGCUGAGCCGUACGAUCGACCGCUGCUAGGCUACGUCCAGCCACAAUUGGUGGGUAUUCAACUGGCGUCAGCGGAACAACCACAAGGCAAGUGCCAUAAUUCACAUAACUCGAAUUUAUUUGACGACGCGACGACUAGUGGCUCACAGAGCUUCGCGAAUCCGUUUCUAAAUUUUGACUCAAGCGAUACGUUCACCAACUAUCGUUACGAAAUGAUGCAAUAUAGAGAGUUUUGACCUGAAUAAAUAUAUUGACGUUUUCAAAAAA